AUGCGUUCGGUGGGGACAGCCACAGUGGGAUCAUCCACCAUCAACUUAACGAAGACUAUCGUUGGUGCAGGCAUGCUAGCUAUCCCAUUUGUAUUUAAGAAUGAUGGUGUCCUGGUCGGUGUACUGUUGACAAUUUUGGCAGCCACAACUUCAGGGUUUGGUUUGUUUGUACUGGCAAAAUGUUCGAAAGUGUUAUCAAACCCUAGAACAUCAUCGUUUUUUACAUUAUGUAUGAUAACAUACCCUUCUUUAUCACCCUUGUUCGAUAUUGCAAUGAUAGUUCAAUGUUUCGGUGUUGGUUUAUCAUAUUUGGUUCUGAUAGGUGACAUUUUCCCUAGUUUAUUUGGAGGUAAAAGAAAUUUUUGGAUAUUAGCCUCUUCCUUAAUAGUUUGGCCUUUAUGUUCCUUGAAGAAAAUGGACAGUUUGAGAUAUUCCAGUAUUAUUGGUCUCUUGGCACUUUCCUAUAUUUUCCUAUUGGUCGUGUCUAUGUUUUUCAUAAAUACCGUAUUUUCUGAAAAUGAUCUUGUGGAAAGAGGUCCAGUGAACUGGCUACAAGUUUAUAGUUGGAAGGGAUUAUUCUCAUCGUUUAGCAUUGUGAUAUUUGCAUAUACUGGCUCGAUGAAUCUUUUUAGUAUUAUUAAUGAGCUGGAAGAUAAUUCAAUGACACAAAUAAACAAGAUUGUUAAUUCUUCUAUUGCUAUAUCAUCUUUCUUCUUCUUAAGUGUUGGUAUCGCAGGCUAUUUAACAUAUGGAUCAAAUACACUUGGUAAUAUUCUAUUAAAUUAUGAUCAAAAUUCUCCUUGGUUAUAUGUUGCAAAUUUCUGUUUGGCUUCUAUGUUGGUUUUAUCAUUCCCAUUAUUGUUCCAUCCAUUAAGAAUUGCAGUCAACAAUCUUUUUGUAUAUUUCAGAAUGAAACAGGCAAUGGGUGAACAGCCUUUGGACUUAUCAGACAACGAUGAAGAAAAUGAAAAUCAGCCAGAAGAUUAUUACUUUAAUAGUAGUGCUGCUUCAUUAGUUGCUACUGCUACAAGAACUUCUAUGGCUUCAAUUGUAAUGACUAUUGAUGAAGACGAUAUUAAUGAUGACGAUAGAUUACUUGCAUCUAGUAUACAUGCUAGUGAUAUAGAUGUAGAUAAUGAUAUGAAUUCUGAUAUAAUUACAUUGCCAGAACCUGGUGAAGAAGAACAACACGUUUCAUUCCCUGAUUACAGAUUUUACGCUAUUACGUUUUCAGUUUUACCAUUGAUGUACGUAAUAUCUUUGAGGCUUAAAUCAUUUGCAUUUGUCCUGGCUCUAGUAGGUGCUACUGGUUCAACAUCAAUGUCCUUCACGUUACCUGGUUUGUUUGGGUACAAAUUAAUUGGCUCAGAUUCAUUGGCCGUUGGCCAAAUGAUCUCCAAGAGAGACAAUUUUUACAAAAAAUGUAGUUUAUUACUAUCGUGGUUCGGUAUAAUAGUGAUGCUAUUAUCAUUGUAUGUCACAAUUAAAUAUGGUACAGAGAAUUAG